UACUGAGUAGCCGGCAGAGCGCCUCGGGCGGGGCCUCUCUGGUCCAAGCGGCGGGCACGGGUGAGAGUUAGGGGUGCGCGCGACGCUCUCGACUUUUGCCGGGAGAGGUGAGCCCCUCACCAGGUUGGGGCCGGCGUUGUCGCCUGGCAGGCAACACUAGCCCGAAGACAGCGAGGGGGUAGGAUUUCCGAAGCCGGCCGGCACCAGGAUGGCCGAGACGGAGGUCCAGGGCCGCCUGUGGCUGGAGAGCCCCGCCGGGGCAGCACCUCCCAUCUUCUUGCCCUCGAACCGGCAAGCCCUGGUCCUGGGCCGGGGACCCCUGACCCGGGUUACAGACCGGAAGUGCUCCAGAAACCAAGUGGAGCUGGUUGCAGACCCUGAGACCCGGACAGUGGCUGUGAAACAGCUGGGCGUUAACCCUUCAACUGCUGGGACCCAGGAAUUGAAGCCAGGGUUGGAGGGUUCUCUGGGGGUAGGGGACACACUGUAUUUGGUCAAUGGCCUCUACCCGCUGACCCUGCGCUGGGAAGAGACCUAUACACCAGAAUCCCAGCCAGAUACUCCGCCUGGCACCCCUACGGAAGCUUUAGAUGAAGAGCAGGAGGAAGAGGAUCCUAAGCAGCAGAAAAAGCGCAUGCGGAAGUCAUCCCCUGGCUGGGAGAAUUUGGAGAAGCUGCUAGUGUUCACAGCACCUGGGGUGAAGCCUCGGGACAAGGUAGCUGCCUUUGAUUUGGAUGGGACCCUCAUAACCACUCGCUCCGGGAAGGUGUUUCCCACUGGCCCCAGUGACUGGAGGGUUUUGUACCAAGAGAUUCCACGCAAGCUGCAGGAGUUGGAGGCAGAGGGCUACAAGCUGGUGAUCUUCACCAACCAGAUGGGCAUCGGACGAGGGAAACUGCCAGCAGAGGAGUUCAAGGCCAAGGUGGAGGCUGUGGUGGAGAAACUGGGGGUUCCCUUCCAGGUGCUGGUAGCCACACAUGCAGGCCUAUAUCGGAAGCCAGUGACUGGUAUGUGGGACCAUCUGCAGGAGCGGGCCAACGAAGGCAUUCCCAUCUCCAUGGGGCACAGCAUCUUCGUGGGAGAUGCAGCAGGCCGCCCCGCCAACUGGGCCCCUGGCCGCAAGAAGAAAGACUUUUCCUGCGCUGACCGCCUGUUUGCGCUCAACCUUGGUCUGCCCUUCGCCACCCCGGAGGAGUUCUUCCUUAAGUGGCCCGCAGCAGGCUUUGUCCUCCCAGCAUUUGACCCGAGAACUGUCUCCCGCAUGGGACCGCUCUACCUCCCAGAGUCCAGCUCCCUCUUGAGCUCUGACCCAGAGGUGGUUGUCGCCGUGGGAUUCCCUGGGGCUGGGAAGUCCACCUUCCUUAAGAAACACCUCGUAUCAGCUGGAUAUGUUCACGUGAACAGGGACACACUGGGCUCCUGGCAGCGCUGUGUGAGCACGUGUGAGGCCGCUCUGAAGCAGAGGAAACGGGUGGCCAUCGAUAACACGAACCCGGACGCCCCGAUCAGGGCCAGGUACAUCCAGUGUGCCAGGGACGCAGGUGUCCCCUGCCGCUGUUUCCUCUUCACUGCCACGCUGGAGCAGGCGCGCCACAACAACCGGCAGUUCCGGGAGAUGACCGGCUCUUCCCAUGCGCCAGUGUCCGAUGUGGUCAUGUUCGGCUACAGGAAGCAGUUCGAGGCUCCUACCCUGGCCGAAGGCUUCUCUGCAAUCCUGGAGAUCCCAUUCCGCCUGCAGCUGGAGCUGCGACUUGAGCGACUCUACCGGCAGUUCUCCGAGGGCUGAGUUGCCCAGUCCCAUACCCCUUGCCCACACCUGGCAAUAAAUACUGUUUUUCUCCAA